GCAACGCAAAUUAAUAUCCAACAAUCAAUUAAAGAAGAAUUGCAUCUUGAAAUCACAAUGUGUCAAGCUAGAAGCGCAAAACAACUUAUUAUCAAAGAGUUUGAAGGCAAUUGUGAGAAGGAAUACCGUAGGUUAUAUGAUUAUAGAUUUGAUCUUUUAAAGAAGAACCCCAACUCUACAGUUGCAAUUGAUGCAAAGAGGCCUACACCAGAUUCUAAACUUGUCUUCUUAAGAUUCUAUGUCUACUUUGCUGCAUUGAGGGAAGGAUUUAUAGCUGGUUGUAGACCAAUAAUCGGUCUAGAUGGUGUAUUUCUCAAAGGUCCUUACAAGGGUCAAUUACUAUCAAUCAUCGAAAAGGACACAAAUAAUCAAAUGUAUCCUAUUGCUUGGGCCAUUGUCGAAAGUGAAAGCACAAGCACGUGGACAUGGUUCUUGGAGUAUUUGAAUUCUAAUCUCAAAAUUGGUGAUGGACAGUAUUUCACCUUCAUAUUUGAUCAGCAAAGACAUGGAAUGCUUGUCAUCCAACAUAGGGGUGAGGAGUAUGAAGAUUAUGUGCAAUCAUGCUAUAGAAAGCAAGCUUACAUUGACAUAAACAAAAAUUUUAUCAUUCCUAUUGAUGGAAUGCAAUUUUGGGCUGAUUCUGGUAUGCUUAAAAUUGAUCCUCCUAUUCCAAAAAAAAAGACGCCAGGAAGGCCUAAGAAGAAAAGACAUUUAGAAGAAUGGGAGAUGGCUUUUGGAUCAAACAUGAGUAGGAAAGUUGAAGAGUCAUUGUCAAAUGCUCAAAAUCAAGUUCCCGAAUCUAUCCAGCAGCCUCCUGCUAUGACUACUAUUGAAGACUCAUCGACACAUGUUCAAAAUCAAGUUCUUGAACUUGUUCAGCAACUUGCUACUAUUGAUAUUCAAGUUUCAAAAUCUGUCCAGCAACAUGCUUUUCCUACUACUGUUGUUGCUAUUCAAGUUCAAGAAACUGUCCAGCAACUUGCUCUUCAAGUUCCAAUUGAUGUUCAAGUUCUAAAAAAUGUCUCGCAAAAUUCUGAUCAACCAAAUUUAAAUGUUGAGCAACCAAUUCAAUUAGUUACCAGGAAAACUGUGAUGGUUCCAAAGAGACUACCUAAAGAGUUUAAGGCAACAUGUAGGUCGAGGGUUAGAAUGCCUAGUGCUGUAGCUGAUGACCCUAGCAUGAACAACUCCCUAAACAUCACUAAGAAUGUUGCUGGUCAAGCAAACCAAAAGAAAAAGAAAGGGAAAGUUCUUAGAAUGGUGGAAAUCCCCAACCCUCAAACUGCCUUAUCUAUUCUUGAUGUGGAGAUAUGUGUGAGAUUAAGGGCCAUAAAACAAUCUAGGUUGGAUCAAAUGGAGACUACAAAUUGGGGAUCCCUAUUGCAAGCAAUCAAUGAAGGGAGUGAUGGAAAUGCUUGUGAUUGAGGGGGGAUGAGUGAUGACUUCUUUUGUGCAUACUAUGAAAUGGUGCUCUACUUAGCUACUGAUGUCUAUUUGGAGUUUUAGUAGUGUUAAUGCUAUCUAUUUAAUGGUUUAUAUAUUGUGAAUGAUGGUUUAUGAUAGGGACAUUUAGAGCAUGUAAAUUCCUAUAAUGUACUGCACUAUUUUUGUUUUUGUUGCUUUAUUUUUUUUAAGUCAUGUCCUGUAUAAGCAAGUAAUAGAGCAAGGUUUACAGAGACUAAGAGAUGCCAAAUUACAAUGCUUCUAAUCUGCUACAAUUUGUUUUUUUGGUUAAGUUCUGUUUUCUGUUAUGUCCUGUUUUCUGUUAUGUCCUAUACAACCAAAUGGUUACUUGUAAUGACAUUGCACUGUUUACAAUGAAAGUGUAUAUUUUCC